UGGACGACAUGGCUGCGUGGGUGGCGCUCGUGCUGUGGUUUGCGGCGGCGGUGGCGGCGGCGCCGGCCGAAGAAUAUUACGGCUACGAGCACGACCCCGAAUCGUGGCGCGACAUCUCGCCAGUGGCGCACACCACCAGCCAGGAGGAGCUGGACGCCGUCGUCUCGCAGGUGCUGGCACACGACAAGCCAGAAGGGUAUCUGGAUGGCUAUACUUCUGAUGCCGACGCGGACUUGGCCGAUCUCGAGGUGUACGUGGAAAUGGAGACCACCGAGGAGAAGAAGGAAGGUGACUCCGCAGACGACCACACCCGCUAUCCCCGCCACCCCCAAGAGUACUACCACAGCCCGCACGAGCACCUGAGGCCCGUGGUGCUGGCGCGCAAGGAGUACCCGUACCAAACUCUCCCGCAAGGCGAUUACUACUACGAAGAAGCCGACUGGCCGGUGGCCCCCGUCCGCGACUGGCAGGCGAAGCACGUCAUCUCCAAACCGGUCGUCGUGGCUCCGUACAGGCAAUGGAGCCACGAGCCCAUCGCCACAAAGGCGGUCGUCGUAGGCAAGCACGUCGACUACGUGGACCGCUACAAGCCCGUUUAUGUCGAGAAGCCGAGGUUCCGGGAAACUGACUUCGUGGAGGCCAAGGAGUUGAUCGAUCACGGGGACGGCGGCUGGCCCGGGGACUUCAUCGACCGGAAGGCAGUCUUCGUCGAGAAGUCAGUAGACGCUGGGAUCAAGCCCCUGCCGUACAAGCACGUGAUCGUGGAGGGGCGCAAGGGCUGGGAGCCUCACCACAGGCCCUUCGUCGGUAAGGAGUACUUCGACUACGGUUACGGGCCGCACGUGGUCAGCAAAGAGGUGCUGGUGCCUGUCAAGAACUACCACGCCAAACCGUACGUUAUCGAGCGCUACGGAGGGGACAAGGAAGAAUUCGAGACCGACGCAGUGCACGUUCGAGAGGGCCCCGAAGGCGAGGAGAUCGUCGAGGUGGAUAAAGACGUUAAGACGGACGUGGAUAAGAAACUGAUCGUCGAACCAAUAGUGACGGAGGACGGCGUAGAGACACUUAUCGAAGAUGAGGAAGACAAGGACAUUGUGGAAGACGUCAAGGAAUCUGUUCAAAUUGUUUCGCCGUACGACAUGAAGGAAUAGGACAAAAUACUGGGA